AUGGCAACAACAGAACCACUCGUCGAAGGCUCCACGGCAGAGGAAGUGGCGGCGGUGCCAGGUCCUGCACCGGAGGUAGGGUUAAAGCACAAACUUGAAAGAAGAUGGACUUUCUGGUUCGAUAACCAAUCCAAACCUAAACAAGGCGCUGCCUGGGGAACCACUCUUCGCAAAGUUUACACCUUCGAUACCGUUGAAGAGUUCUGGUGUUUGCAUGAUCAGAUAUUCAAGCCUAGCAAGUUGCCUGGCAAUGCUGAUUUUCACUUGUUCAAGGACGGGGUUGAACCAAAGUGGGAAGAUCCGGAGUGUGCUAGUGGAGGGAAGUGGACUCUUACUAGCAAAGGGAAGGGCAAUCUUGAUACGAUGUGGCUCGAAACUUUGAUGGCUUUGAUUGGGGAGCAAUUUGGAGAUUCCGAGGAUAUUUGUGGUGUGGUUGCGAGUGUACGCCAGUGGCAGGAUAAACUUUCGUUGUGGACAAAAACGGCAGCAAAUGAGUCUGUCCAGAUGAGCAUCGGAAGGAAGUGGAAGGAAAUCAUUGAUGUUAGCGACAAGAUGACAUAUAACUCUCAUGAAGAUGCUAAAACUCGAGGUGCGAAGGCUCGAUACACUGUGUAA